ACACCCGACCUCCUCCGUCAAAACUUCUGCCUGAACAACUCUUCCCCAGUUCCCCUUCACUUAAAUCACUCAAUUUUGUCUCUCCUCCCUAGAUUCUCUCCCCCUCAAGCCUGAAAUUUUCAAAAUUCUACAUUAUUCAAAUGGCAAAUUCAAGAUGUUGCUGAAAGCUCAACUCAAAAAAAAAAAAAACUUCCUAAUUCCACCUUCUGUAUUCAACUCACUUUCAACACACUUGAGACUUGAGAGAGUGAGGUGAGAGAAACAGAGUGAUGGGCAUACCGCGCCAAGCUAAAUCAGCGCUGUCUACAAUUAGGCGCCGCGCGACACUCCCAGUCGGGUUGUGCGCGAAGCUGACGGCAGUUGUGGUGCUAGGCCUGGGUUUCAUACUUAUCUGGUCGUUUUUCUCACCAACCCCAGAUUCCCUAACUAAUCAAAGGGAGAGUUUCAGUGAGAUUGCUGAACCAGCAGCAGCAAGAUCAUCAACUUCGAACUCGAACACAAAGAAGGUUAGUCAUAGUCAUUCAACUCCCACAUCGAAAUCGAGUAAAAAUGAACAUUCCCAACAACCGCAUCAUCAUCAUAAUAAUAAUAAUAAUAAUAAUAAUAAUAAUAAUAAUAAUAAUAAUAAUAAUAAGCAUCAGCAACGCAGUGAUUCGAGGAAGAAAAAACAUGGGGUUGUUAGUAAUAUGACUUUUAGUGGGCAGAGUUCAAAGAAAAUUAACAGGACGAAUGAUGGGGUUGAAUUGGAUUUAAAGGAGGGGGAUGAAGGAAAUGAGAGAUCUGAUGAGGUUGUUGAAGGAGAUGAUCAAAUUGUUGUUGAUGGUAAGGAAGAGGGGUUUCAAAGUGAAGGUGAAAUGGAGGAGGAGAGGAGUGGGGAUGAAGAUCCUGAUGUUGAAGGUGGAGUGGAUGUGAAUAUGUCUGAGACUGAGGAGGAGGAGGAGGAGGAGGAUGACGAAACUCGGUGGAGGAGUAGAGGGAAGAUGAAGACGCAUUUGGGGCCAUUGUUUGAUCCCAAAACACAUUAUAGUUGGAAAUUGUGUAAUGUAAGAAGUAAAUACAAUUACAUUCCUUGCAUUGAUAUCGAGAGUCCUAGUGGAAAGAUUAGGAGAUAUCGACAUCUCGAAAGGAGUUGUCCAUCAACACCUCCAAUGUGUCUUGUCCCUCUUCCGCCUGGCUAUGGAAGUAAUGGGACUACUUCGCGUUGGCCUGAAAGCAAAACAAAGAUAUUGUACAAUAAUGUUGCACAUCCUAAACUUGCUGCAUAUCUUAAGAUUGUCACUUGGGCCUUGGUGUCUGGAGAUUACCUCAUCUUUCCUCAAAGUCAAUCCAACAUUCUUGGUGGUGUUGAUCACUACCUUGAAUCCAUCGAAGAGAUGGUACCAGACAUUGAAUGGGGAAAGAAUGUCCGUGUGGUGCUAGACAUUGGAGUCACCGACUCAAGCUUUACAGCAUCUCUCUUUGACAAGGGUGUGCUCACUUUAUCACUAGGAUUGAAGGAUGACCUGGUGGACUUGGCACAAGUGGCAAUUGAGUGUGGAUUUCCCGCAAUUGUUAGCCCAUUUGCAAAUAGUAGACUUCCAUUCCCAAGUGGUGCUUUUGAUGCCAUUCAUUGUAGUGGAUGCAAGAUACAUUGGCAUUCUCAUGGCGGCAAGAGGCUUCUUGAAAUGAAUAGAAUUUUGCGACCAGGUGGAUACUUUGUUUUGUCUCAGAAACAUAACAACAUUGAAGAAGAAGAAGCUACGACGUCGCUGACCGCAGCUAUUUGUUGGAAUGUCCUGGCUGAUAAAACUGAUGAAGUUGCUGAAGUUGGUGUCAAAAUAUAUCAGAAGCCAGAAUCUAAUUCUAUUUAUGAACUUCGUAGGAAGAAGAAUCCUCCUUUAUGCAAGGAGAACGAAAAUCCAGACGCAGCUUGGUAUAUUCCAGUUAGGCAGUGUUUGCACCCUAUUCCCACUGCAAUCGAGCAGCAUGGAACUGAGUGGCCUGCAGAAUGGCCCAAAAGGCUUGAAAGUUAUCCUGACUGGUUGAGUGACAAAGAGAAAGUAAAGGAAGACACAAAGCAUUGGAAGGCUAUAGUUGACAAGUCCUACCUUGUUGGAAUGGGUAUUAAUUGGACAAAUAUCCGAAAUGUGAUGGAUAUGAAAGCCAUCUAUGGGGGAUUUGCGGCCGCUCUUUCAAAACAAGAGGUAUGGGUGAUGAAUGUAGUCCCUGUUCAUUCUCCAGAUACACUUCCAUAUAUAUAUGAACGUGGUCUGUUCGGAGCUUAUCAUGACUGGUGUGAAUCUUUUGGUACUUACCCAAGGUCAUAUGAUCUAUUGCAUGCAGAUCAUCUGUUCUCACGACUUAAGAAUAGAUGUAACCAACCAGUGGCAAUAGUUGUUGAGAUGGAUCGUUUAUUACGGCCUGGAGGUUGGGUAAUUGUGCGUGAUAAGGUGGUAAUACUUGAACCCCUUGAAGGAAUUUUUAGAAGCCUGAAGUGGGAUAUCCACAUGACAUUUGCUAAGGACAAGGAGGGCAUCCUUGUUGCUCAGAAAUCAACGUGGAGGCCUUGAGAUCAACUCAUAAUUUCACACUUUCUGUUUUUACUCUCUUGAUUUUGCAGACGUUUAUCAGAUUCGCUCAUCCUCCCAUAUCUGGCAAACCCUGCAGAAAUCCUGUCAUAUAAUGAUUUUUGAAACUAACUCUUUGUUAUCUAUAAUGUGUACCUACCUACAUGCUAACACCCCCAUUCAACUAGGACAAUACGCUGUUGAGUAUAAAAACGAAGAUGGGCUUCAAGAUGGCAAGGGAAUGGGUAAUAUUCUUUUGACCUCAUGUUCCAAUGCAAGUAUCAUAAUGUAGCAGCAGCUAAUGCAGGUUAUGUUUUACCCAGAGCACAAGGACCUUCCAUAUAAAUAUAAGCAGUGUAAGAGUUGAAAAGUGUCUGGAAGGCAACUUCAGAAAAAUUUGUGCAUAAACUGACUCUUCAUUCUUCAAGGGUUACUGACUUGCUGUUGCUGUUGCUGUUGCUGUUGCUGUUGCUGUUGCUGUUGCUGGUUAUACGUUGUUGUUCACAUUGCAGUGUGUAGUUUGUAUUCAAUUACAAUCGUGAAAUAUUGUCCACUUUUUUCGUAGCCCAAUGUAUUAGAAAUUUAGAACAAAUAUGCACAGCAGCACAACUCAUUUCAUUUAUACUUGUGACUUUGCUUAUAUAUAAUGAAUGAUACAACACUACUAUA